AUGCCUGACGUACUUUUGUUGGUAGCACUUGUCUUCGUAACCCUCCUAGACCAUGUCGAUUGUAAACAACCCAAUAUAGUGGUAAUAGUAGCAGAUGACUUGGGAUACAACGAUGUAGGAUUCAGAGGAUCUAUUGCAAUGACUCCAAAUAUUGAUAGACUUGCUAACAAGAGUGUGAUUCUGGAGAAUCACAUCGUAGCUGCUAGCUGCUCUCCUACUCGAUCUGCUCUUAUGACUGGUCGGUAUCCAAUCCGAACAGGAUUCUGGAAGGGAAAUAUCAAACCAAUGGAGGAGUUUGGAUUGGGAUUGGACGAGACCUUGCUCCCUGAGAUGCUGAAAACAAACGGAUACUCGACACACGGCGUAGGAAAAUGGCAUCUUGGUAUGCAUACUUGGGAACACACACCCGUAAAGAGAGGUUUCGAUACCUGGUUUGGUUCGUACAACAGUGAACAGGACUAUUUCAAACAUACAAUGGCAAACCUGACAGACUUUAGGGAAAACUAUUACGAUGAGAAUAGUAAUUUAGUUGACGACGUACGGAAUGAUCUAACGGGACAGUAUAACACAUAUCUGUUCACUGACAAGUCAGUUGAGCUUAUCCAAAACCACAACCAAAGCAACCCCUUCUUUCUUUAUUUAGCAUACACUGCACCUCAUGUUCCCCACCAAGCUUCUAAGGAAGAUGUAGAAAGAUUUGCCUCACACAUUCCUAAAAAUACUCGUCAAAGAGAAGAGAGACAAAUAUAUACGACUCAGAUAUCUGUGAUGGAUGAAGGGAUAGGAAAAGUAAUUGACACUCUACGUCUGAAAGGAAUGAUGGACAACACUGUUUUGUUAUUCACUUCAGACAAUGGAGCACAUGAUUUCGGAAGCAACUAUCCUCUGAGAGGAGAAACUAGCGGGAGACAACCCAGAGAAGCACAGUAA